CUUACUGUCUACGUGUUGUUUAGUUCCUAGACGUAAACCCUAAUAUUUGUUUCUUAGUUCUAUGGCCUCUCUUUCAAUAACCAACCAUAGCUACAGCUUCGCUCGUUAAUUUAUUAGGUUUUGUUGAGCGGAGAUUUAGUCUUGUGAGUUAGCUUCCACUUUAUGUCUCUCAUUUUCUCUGCAUUCAAGCAAGUUAUUGUUUGUUUUGCUUUUCUAAGAAGAUGCUUCCUCUUUCUUUGCUAAAGACCGCUCAGGGGCAUCCCAUGUUGGUGGAGCUUAAGAAUGGAGAAACUUAUAAUGGGCAUUUGGUGAAUUGUGAUACUUGGAUGAAUAUUCACCUUCGUGAAGUCAUUUGCACCUCAAAGGAUGGAGAUAGGUUUUGGAGAAUGCCAGAAUGUUACAUCCGUGGAAAUACAAUUAAGUAUCUGCGAGUCCCAGAUGAGGUGAUUGAUAAAGUUCAGGAAGAGACCAAGAGCCGCUAUGAUAGGAAGCCACCUGGGGUGGGCCGUGGAAGGGGAAGAGGUAGGGAGGAAGGCACCGGUGGAAGGCAAGCAAAAGGCAUUGGGCGUGGUAUAGAUGAUGGAGGUGCCAAAGGCUCAGGUGGUGGCCGGGGCAAAGGAGGGCCUGCAGGCAAGACUGGUCCUAAUAAAGGUGGAGGACGCGGUCGUGGUUAAUCCAGAUUAGAGUCUUAGUGAUUGUGGUCCGGGGCCGCGAUGAAGGUAGUUUUGUUGCAAAUUUUGACAAAGUUGAGAUGCAUGUUACAAAGCAGAGCUGGAGGGAACUUGCUGUACCAGUAGCUGAUCAAGAUUGUGAAGUAAAAUAUAGAAGAAACAUUAUUAGAAUAUCUAUGAGCAGUAAAACUCUAAAUUAAAAGGUUUCCUUGUGUAGAAUUUAUAUUUCGAGCUUGCAUUAGGUCUUUAUGACAACAUGGUGUUUUUGAUGAUAUGAAGUAAUACCUCAGUUUCAGAAAAUUGAAAGAAAAGAUCUUUAGAGUUCAUUGAACGCGUUGUUUAACAGAACUGGAUCCAGGAUGGAUGGAUUUUAUUGGUAAAAUAUUAAAUUUAAUUUAAAAUAAUUUUUUAAUGAUGUUUAAUUGUAAUAUAUUUUAAAAAAUAAUUCUCUCAUCAAUAAUUCAAACAGAAAUGACAAGAACAGGUAGAUGGAUAGUUAUAUUUAAAACUCAAAUUAUACAAGACUGGACAAUUGCAUGACUACUUGGAAAUAGUCAUUGAAAUACGAUAGACUAAAGAUGGAAAAAAAUGAUUAUGAAGUAAUUGUUCGUCACUUAUAUUUUAAAAUUUGAUUAAGUUAUUUAAAAAAUAUCUAUUUAAUAAUAAUUAUUGUAUAUUAUAAAAAUUAGUAAAAAAUAAAUUUUAAUAAAAAAAUCAUUAUAUACUGUAAAUUUAACCAUAGGAGGUAAGGGACAACGGAGUGGAAUGGCAACUAACAAAAAAAUCCGAGUAUAAAUGGGAAGCAAGGCGAAGUUUUAAGUGUAAGAGCUUCUUUAUUCAUCUCUAUCUUCUCCUCGUGCUACUAGUCAACUAGUAGCAGUAGUAGCUCGUUCUGAGCUCUCAACAAAUGGCGGAAAUGAAGGGCGAUGCUACCACCACCUUCUUAUAGUAGCCAAAGCCGAUAUUUCCGAGCAAACUCUCCACGAGGCGGGGCAUGUCGUUUUCCUUGACAUCUUUCGAGGCCUCGCCUUUGGGGUUGAUGAUGGUGGAUGAGAAUGGCCAACCAUUGGACAUGCUGCACCGUGGAAUGGUUGCAAUCUGGCUGAUUUUGUUAUGCCCUUCUUUCUGUUAGUACAGGCCAUCCCUCUCUUAAGGUUGAUAUUUGGGGAUUGAGGUGUCUAUUUCUGCCAUUUGAAUGGAUUGGCAUGAAUGCCAUGCUUGUUUAUGUUAUGGCUGCUGGAGGCAUCUUUGCUGGCCUAAUUAAUGGCUGGUACAAUAGUACAUCUUAAUACCUUUAUGUUCAUCUUUCUUGUUAUCCUGAGGAAUCCUAAAUUUUAGGGUAAAGGAUGGAUGGCCUUAAAAGAAAUUGGCAGUUCCUUGCCACCCUUCAGGGUUCAUUAGCAAAAUGCUCAUAAUGAACUUCAGGUGCAAAUGCAUACAAGGACCUCUAUUAUUGGUUACAAAAUUAACAAUGAGUGCAUUCAUGAGCCCCAAUAACCAGAAAUAAAACCAUCCUUCUUGUUUUCUUCAUUUAGUUCUUUAUUACAUUACAUUUUAAUCUAUAUAUAUGUUGGUAAAAUUCAAUCCAUCUCUGGUAGAUUUAUUCGGUUAAAAGGAGUGUAUUCAUUGGAGUUUGGCAUUCUGCUCUUGAGUUAUCAUUCUGAGAUCCUCUUCUGGGUAUCAUUGCAGGCGUCUUGGAUAGCCAAGGAAUUUAUUGGAAGCUUUAAGUAUCUCAUUUGAUGUAUAUUUUGCUGAAGUGGUAAUCGGAACUGCUUUUCUGGAUUAUAUGGAUCUUUUAAACUCGGAUUAGAGCUAGUUCCUAAAACUGUUCUGUAUAACUUGCAAGCAAACUUGCUCAAUUCAAACAGGUUCUUGUUUUAUAUGGGAAAAAAGGUCCUCCUGAAUGGGAAAUUUUCAAUUUGAAGUUGAAUGUUGAUAAUUACUUUGUGCUUUUUUUUGUGGUAUAAUUGGUUUUGGGUUCGAACUGAAGACCUUCCUGGUGAUAAUUUGGUACAGGUACUGUGGUGUCAUACAUGUGUCUUGAUCUUAGAUGGGGUCAUAUUUUAUAUGUUAUCAGCUACCAAUAAAAAAAUCUCUGUAUAAAUGGAAAGCAAGGCGAGGUUUAAGUGUAGAAGCUUCUUUCUUUCUCUGUAUCUUCUCCUUGUGCUACCAAGUCAACUAGUAGUAGUAGUAGUAGCAGCAGCUCAUUCUAAGCUCUCAACAAAUGGCUGAAAUGAAAGCUGAUGCUCCUCAACACCACCUUCUUUUAGCAGCCGAAGCUGACAUUUCUGAGCAAACACUCUAUAAGGCCGGGCAUAUCGUUUCCCUUGAUAUCUUCCGGCACCUAGCCAUGGCGGUCUCUUUCUCUCUCUCUCAAAAGUCUACUAGUUUGAACUUUUGUGAUUGUGCUAAGCCAUGUACAAUGUCUCUUUCUCUUCUUUCCAUGUGUGUAUCAAUUCUUUGGAGGUGUUGAUAGUCUUCUGCAGCAUUCUGCAAAUGGGUCCAUAGCUCAGUGGUAGAGCAUUUGACUGCAGAUCAAGAGGUCACCAGUUCGAACCUGUUCAUGACUCUGGUUGAUGAUGCUGGAUGAGAAUGGCCAAUGAUUGGACAUGCACCGUGGAAUGGUUGCAAUCUGGCUGAUUAUGUUAAUGGCCUUCUUUCUGUUAGCACUUGUGAUGGCCUGAUUGCCUUUCCUCUUGCUCUUAAGGACGUUUUUCUCAUGGUCCUGACAAGCUGACUUAUGUUGUUGAUCAUGAAGCAAAUAAGGUGGUGUGGCGUUCUCCAGGUAAUGUUGAUUUUUAUGUUGCUUAUAUGGUCGCUUUAUUUAGUUUGGAAGGAAAAUGUAUUUACGUAGUAAUUUUCCAUAUUCUUUCUUGAGAAUUGCUUUUGCUUACCUAAUAAUGGCACUGGUGAAAUUCCUUACAAAACACACAAAAUCUAGGAACCCGUCUCCUGGCCGGUUUUCUAUGUUCAAGCUAUAUUGUUGGCACUGGCUAGUGGGAGCAUGUAUGCUUGUGGUUUACUUGUGUUUGAUCUAUGGGACUUGCAUCCCUGAUAAGCCCCUGGUCCCUUAAGUCUCACAAUGCUAUCUGAGAAAAUGCUGAUUCCCAUAAGUAAACAGCUGAACACUUUUAGCUAUGUCUGUGUAACAUCUGGAGCUGCUUUUAUUGGCUCAGCCAUCUAUGAUCUGGUGUACUGCUGUUGCAAAACCAUAAUUACCUUGGAUUUCUGACAUUUGAUGAAGAUUUAAGAGUUGCAAGCGAAGUAGUUCAACUAUAAAGUUAGCUUUCUACGAGGGUAGGGAUUCACAACUGCUUGUGAAUAUCAGAUUAUUCCACAUUCUGCAAAUGGGUCCAUAGCUCAGUGGUAGAGCAUUUGACUGCAGAUCAAGAGGUCACCGGUUCGAACCCGGUUGGGCCCUUUUUUUUUUAAUUUUUAAUUUUAUUCUUAAAUUUAAAUGCUCCGUUUUCCCUUGUGCAAAAAUUUAGUGUGGGUCGUAUUGAUGAUUGGCCAAUGAUUGGACAUGCACCGUGGAAUGGUUGCAAUCUGGCUGAUUAUGUUAAUGGCCUUCUUUCUGUUAGUACUUGUGAUGGCCUGAUUGCCAUUCCCCUUGCUCUUAAGGUCUCUUCACCUUUUUAUUUCGUUUCAUUUUGAUAGGAAGACAUUCUAAAAGAUUUGCAGCUAUAAAAUUCGUAUUUUUUUCCUUCAAAAUUACUUUUUAUUUUCUGUAGGGAAUAAUAAGCUGGGGUCAAGCUUUCAAAAAAGUGAUUUUCAGAACUCUAAAAUUCCUCCGGUUGAUUAUGAUUUGCACUUACUUGGCCUAUGUUUGUCCUUUGAUGUUACUAUUACGUAGAAGUAAAAUAAUUAUUAGAAUGGAUCUCGUAGUGUCAUUUUCCAUCUCAAAAUGCCACGAGAAAUUUGAUUUCUUAUGCACAUUGUUGUUGUCAACCUGAGAAAAAUUAUCAUAAUGGAGUACUUUUAUAUUCGGAGCUUGAUUGUAAUGGAUAUUUAACAAAGAAAGAAGGAAACAAAUAAAGAAAACAACUUGUCUACACUCCCUUUCUUUGACAGUGAUUUGAUUUCAUUGUGUUAUGUAGGACGUUUUUCUCAUGGUCCUGACAAGCUGACUUAUGUUGUUGAUCAUGAAGCAAAUAAGGUGGUGUGGUGUUCUCCAGAACACACAAACCUAGGAACCUGUCUCCUGGCCGGUUUUCUAUGUUCAAGCUAUAUUGUUGGCACUGUUAAGUUUAUAUUUCCAUAUUUAAAAAUGAUUAUAUCACUGCCUAAUUUGUUCAUCAGUCUUCAGUGGUCCUGUUUCUAAAUUUUCAGGCUGGUGGGAGCAUGUGUACUUGUGGUUUACUUGUGUUUGAUCUAUGGGACUUGCGUCCCUGAUAAGCCCCUGGUCCCUUUAGUCUCACAAUGCUAUCUGAGAAAAUGCUGAUUCCCAUAAGUAAACAGCUGAACACUUUUAGCUAUGUCUGUGUAACAUCUGGAGCUGCUUUUAUUGGCUCAGCCAUCUAUGAUCUGGUGUACUGCUGUUGCAAAACCAUAAUUACCUUGGAUUUCUGACAUUUGAUGAGGAUUUAAGAGUUGCAAGCGAAGUAGUUCAACUAUAAAGUUAGCUUUCUACGAGGGUAGGGAUUCACAACUGCUUGUGAAUAUCAGAUUAUUCCACAUUCUGCAAAUGGGUCCAUAGCUCAGUGGUAGAGCAUUUGACUGCAGAUCAAGAGGUCACCGGUUCGAACCCGGACGUUUUUCUUAUGGUCCUGACAAGCUGACUUAUGUUGUUGAUCAUGAAGCAAAUAAGGUGGUGUGGCGUUCUCCAGAACACACAAACCUAGGAACCUGUCUCCUGGCCGGUUUUCUAUGUUCAAGCUAUAUUGUUGGCUGGUGGGAGCAUGUGUACUUGUGGUUUACUUGUGUUUGAUCUAUGGGACUUGCGUCCCUGAUAAGCCCCUGGUCCCUUUAGUCUCACAAUGCUAUCUGAGAAAAUGCUGAUUCCCAUAAGUAAACAGCUGAACACUUUUAGCUAUGUCUGUGUAACAUCUGGAGCUGCUUUUAUUGGCUCAGCCAUCUAUGAUCUGGUGUACUGCUGUUGCAAAACCAUAAUUACCUUGGAUUUCUGACAUUUGAUGAGGAUUUAAGAGUUGCAAGCGAAGUAGUUCAACUAUAAAGUUAGCUUUCUAUGAGGGUAGGGAUUCACAAAUGCUUGUGAAUAUCAGAUUAUUCUACAUAACAGUAGAUUGUAUCAUUGUAGAAUGUCUGUAUUUGACCAAAUGACUAGUCUAUCCAAGCCCAUUGAUUCAGUGUUCUUGUUGUGGAAUUGCACAAAACUAUCUGCGAACCCCAUGUAGUGAUGCAGUUCAUAAGUUUGAUUAGCAAGUCUGCACAAGAAUAUAUAUUGAUUGAACCAUUUUUUGUGUA